AUCCAGUUGGGGCGAAAUUUCGGACGUAAAAAUGAUCCAAUUAAGUUGUUAAAAUCCUGUCCCGCACUCUUCAGGCUGCGAAUUCGGAGCCUAGCAAUAAACUCAAAACCUCAGUUUUCCCGAUGAAAAAAGCGUGAACCAUGGCAGCGAUCCAACCGCAGACGCAGCAGCUCGAGUUCCACCAGGCCAUGUCCGACUUCCGCACCAUGUUCCCGGACAUGGACCCGGACGUGAUCGAGGCGGUGCUGCGCGCCAACCAGGGCGCCGUCGACGCCACCAUCGACCAGCUGCUGGCCAUGAGCACCGACAACGAGAACGAGAAGCUGCGCACCGAGAUGGAGCGCAAGGAGAAGCCGCCCUCGGCGGCCGAGGCCAAGCAGGCGGCCGCCGGGGGCCGCAGGGCCUCGCCCAGGGUCUCGCCCCUCGUCUCGCCGACGCACCAGGCGCCCCUGCCGCCCACCACCACCGUCACCAGCCCCAAGAGGGACCUCCCGAGGUUGGAGGAGAGGACGCUUCCAGACGUGGUGGGCGAGGCUGCGGCCGCGGCCGUCCCGCUGAGCGUGCUGCGGGGCUGGGUGCCCCCGCUGCUGGGCCCCCUGCCCGAUGACUUCCUGCGCUUGUCGCCGCUACCGUGGACCUCUGGCGGCUCCUCUACUACUUCUAGUCCCGCUUCCCAACAGAAACUAGUCCUGAGUCAGCAGCUGCUGCAGCAGCGCUUCGCCGAGAACAAGCAGCGGCGCGGCGCCCUCGACUCGCUCGGCGACCCUGAACUCGACAGGUACCUCGAGGACGAACGCAUCGCCCUCUUCCUGCAGAACGAGGAGUUCAUGAACGAGCUCCGCUGGAACAAAGACUUCCUCUCCACGCUUGAAAAAGAUCAAGGAGAGCGGGACGACUCUCCGGAGGAGGUGAUGGGCGCGUUCAACUUUCCAAAGACAAACAACUCGAGUAGUCACGACGAAGAUGCCAUUUUUAAGGAGCGGAUCAGAAAUAUGGGCAAAAUGUCAAAAAAGAAGUUUGCGCAGCUGGCGCGAGUAUUCACGCGGACGCGAAAGCGCGGCGGCGCCGGCGGCGGCGCCAAGGGCAUCCUGAACCAGGGCCCGGCGCCGUCGCACGACAACCUGCUGCUGAACGCGGAGCCGCUGAUCGAGGAGGAAGACGACGAGGACGACCUCGACGACAGGAUCAGACGAGAACGCCGCGACCGGCCAUAAUUUAAACUAAAAUAAAUGUAACAGUAUCGAUUUUACUCCAACUGCGCAAGAUGGCGUCGGCUAGGGUCCGAGUUUCUGCAUUUUUCUUGUGGAAUAACCUAAAUUUUCCCUGUUGGACGCCAACGGCGGCCAUCUUUGCGUGGAAUCGAUACCGAAUCGUGACCGAAUCCGCCAAAACCUUUCUCCUAGUCAUCGCACGAUAACCGCUAUUUGCAGAUCUGUUAGGUAGUCACGGUCUCUCUGUUUUCGUUUCGAGAAUCUCACUGUUGUUUAUUUUCCCUUGUUAUCGUGGGAUGAUCAUUCCAUUAAUUGUUAAAACUGUUGAUCUGAGCAGGAGGAGGAGGAAUAUCACUUUUAGAUUCUAGACACGACCCCAAGGCUAUUUCUUAAGUGGUAUUAAUUAAUUAAUUAAUUAAUCCGGAGGUUUUGGACAGAAGAAUGCCUCCGCAACUCAGUGGUAGCUCUCACUAAAAUGAUUCGAAGCACCGUGCCGGCCCGAAAAGCGAAAUCCUCCUCGCGGAUGCUCUCGUGAGGCUCUAAAAUUCUUGAUUUGUGAUAAAACAGCAGCCAUGAGCACGCUGAAGAUGGUUUUUUGAGCGCCGGUGCGGUGAAAUGUGUGAAAAUCCGGCUCGGUUGCCAUUGGGUAGUGUUCAAAGCUCCCGAUAUGUGGCGCUUUUGACCGUUAUUUUAAUUAGAAGUGAUUUUUUAAGUUCUGUGAGCUUGGAUUUAUUUUAUUUGAUGAUCUAAAUGUGUUUAAAUCGCCUUUUAUAACUCCUAAAAUCUUAAAACACCAAUUUUUACAGAAUUUUCCGGUGGCGCCAUCUAUUAGCGGCACCGAACACCAAAGAAUUACCUUUAAGACCGUCUUUGACGAUGUUUCUGAGCUCACCAAUCGAUUCCUGAUGGUCGAAUCAGUUAAAAUGGAUCAAAAAGCUGAGCAAGACGUGAGAACCUUUUUCCCGCCAAAACAAAACGAACGUAUUUUCGAGAACUGCGCAUGCGUCAGAGCUGUUUUUAGCAAUUGCAGAGAGACCACCUGAACGAAUGACUUCUUUGCCACAUCCAGCCAGCUCUGACGCAUGCGCACUUCUCGCAUUCAUAUUGUUUUGGCGGGAAAAAACGGUUCGCACGUCGCUCUGCACUUUUUAGGCGGGAAAACAUCCUCUAUAACUAAUUCGACCCUCAGGAAUCGAUUGGUGUCCUCAGAAACUUCGUCAAAGACCGUCUUUAUUAGAUUUUCCGCUCCUGAAACGUUGUCAAGCGCCACCAUGGGCAAAUUCGAACACUAAACAAUGGCAAUUGACCGGAAUAAAAAAAAACCACACUGACUAGUUCAUGUUGUAAGGUUGCGUCUUAUAAGUAAACGAGCGACUGUAUUUUUCGAAGGAAACGCAAGGCAGUAAAUUAAUUUCGGCCUUGAUUGCGUGCCAUAGCGAAAUCCCUAGCGCCUAGAGUUACAAGCAAAGCAAAGCUAAAAGUGGGGAUUGGCUGCUUCGUCAAAGUCAAUUGGUGCUUUUUACACGUCUCUCAUACCAUUAUUUUAUUUCCACAUUGAGAUCUAUAUAAAAUAUAUUAUUUAUUUGCUGCGUACAAGCCUUUUAUACAGGCCAAAAUAUUAUAAUUUUAUUAUUAUACCUGAAUUGUUGAUUUUAAUCCUUUUACUUCGUUAUUUUGUACGUUUAUCCUCACUACCACACACUAAAACUCAAGUUGCAAAAAUACAGAUGUUCGCAAAGGAA